GGAAUUCAGAUUGUCUCUGCAUUAAGUCAUCCUGCUUCCUGGAUCUGGAGGUGUGAAAUUCCCAGUGGGGAGAAUAAAUAGAGCCAGCAGCCCAAGUGUGGGGCAGACGGCUUCAUCAUGUCUUCUGGAGGUCUUCUUCUCCUGCUGGGACUCCUUAACCUGUGGGCAGAGCUGACCCCCGUCUCUGGCCAGGAUCGUCCAAGCUUUUGUUAUCUUCCUGCUGAAACUGGGCCAUGUGAAGCUUUAACCAUUCGCUUCUACUACAACUCAACUUUGAACAAAUGUCAAAAGUUUAACUACGGUGGAUGCCGUGGCAAUGCCAACAAUUUUGAGACCAAAGAUGAAUGCCACCGCACCUGUGUUGGUAAGUAGAGGAGGAGAUCCGGACUGACCUCUUCACCAAAAAAGAACUGCUGCC